UCCCGUUUGAAAGUCAGCUAUAGCGGCAGCGGACGCUGAACUUUUUCACCAUCACAAAACACGCUAAUGCUUUCUUGAAAUAUUUAAAAUAAAAUGAAUCCCUUAAUUUGUAGGUGAUUAAACAAAAAGUUAGAAAAUCUUUGCUAAGUGUGGUAUAAAAAUUCGAAUUUGUUUAUUGCAAUUUUAUUAAACUUUUUCAACGCAUGGAAUAUAUUCUUACCAACUUUGUGCUUUACUUUAUUUUGCUUUGUUAAAGUGAAGUGAAAAUGUGAAUUACUAGAAGUGUGGAUUCGGAAUUUCAUCGAUCUGUGCUAUAUCGUCUGCAUCAUAAACUUGCCACUCGCAAAGCAACAUGUGUUUGUUUGGAUUUGACAGUUGUCGCUCGGUGUUCAGUUGGGUUUUGUUGUUUUCGCUACUCGCCUUUCGGCAAACGAAACUAUCGUCUGCUGCUCAGGUGGUUGCCCCAACCGAAGGGACUAGCAGUGCUAAACCUGAAAAAGGAGUUGAUCCAGACGACCUGUCGGCGCCUUUGGAAGUGUUGGUGGAGCAGACGACCUCAAGUUCUGUGCAGCUAUCGUGGAAGCCCCCUCCCAGCCCCAAGGGGCGCAAUCUCAAGCUCUUCACCUACUCUUUGACGUUAACGCCUCUCACGCACUAUGGAGGACACGGUCUAGAAAAGGAGUUCUCUCUGCCGCCUAGCAUUACGUCAAAGUUAGUCGGGGGCCUGACGGAAGGUACCAGGUAUGUGGUCCAGUUGUCGGCCAUCUAUGGUGACCCAACCCGACGGCUGAGCCAUGACGCCUUGGUCAGGGUCGCCGCUCCCAAGUUCACUGUCUUCACACCGCCCGAAGCUCAGCAAGACAUACCUGUCGGUGAUGACGGUUUACCGCCAGAUGAACCACCGUGCAACUGCAGCGAUACGGGGAUGGUGGCGUGCACAAGGCGGCCCGGUUUCGUAGAAUGUACCUGCCAGCCAGGAUAUGGAGGGACAUGGUGUGAGGAGUGCGCCCCUGGAAACUUCAGGGCGGGAAAGGAGUGCGUGCUCUGCCCGUGCUCCAACCUCACAUCCACGGCAGAGUGCAAAAUGGAGUCUUCUGGCCAAGUGUCAUGCGUGCAGUGUCUGCCAGGUCAUCGGGGCAGCUUGUGCACCUCUUGCAGCGCGGGCUACCAGUGGACGGAGGAUAAGUGCGUCCCCCUCAACUGCCUCAGCUCCAGUCUGUGCGCGCAGCAGAGAAACGCGCCCGGCUGCGAGGACUGCAUCUUCCUCGAGAACAAGUUCCCUACCACCGCGCACAGGAGCAAGUCUGAUCGGAGCAUAGCUGACGGUACCUUACCCUUGAUUGCUGUCAUUGUGACCUUGGGUGUCCUUCUACUGGUGGCCGCCAUGGCAACGUGCUAUCGUUACUGGGACUACCGUCGCCACCAGCCCAGGAUUCCCUUCUGGAGCAUCGAGUUGCAGGACGAGAAAACAGACUUGCAUUCCCAUUGCCAGUACCAGCACCUGGAUGCCGCCACCAACAAGACGGUGUCAGCAGCCGCCACAUCAUCCCAACCUCAGACCAACGGGGAGGUGGGACGAUUGAACAGCGAUUCCAUCAGACGGACAUACAAUACAAUCAACGUCUGAGUUGCCACCGGUGAGAAAGAACUAUCAAUUUUCGUUGGACAGUGAUUCUUUCUACCAAAGUUUUUGAGUCGUUAUCUUAGGUUGGACAACAAGAUCGAGACUACAGAGAAAAUUGAAAUUUCUGUGACUCUGGCUAUCAGUUAUAUAAGUAAGGGUCUGCUGACCACCGGCUUAAAAAGAACCUGAAAAAUGACCUGAUCAUCACCUCGCUAUGGAAGUAUUCUGCAAAUGAGUAAUAGUGACAGUGUCCAAACACAAACAUGAGAUUCAUUUUGCACUGGCCUUCAGUUUUUAAUUGAUUUAAUUCAGUUAAGCGAUCAAUCAUUUCAGAUUGAUCAUAUUUAAAGUUGAUCCGAUGUAAACAGAGUGUUGCUCUGGAUUCAUUUCUACCAGACUGGACGAGAACUUUCCCUAUUGAUGUAAGUUUCUUGGUUACUCAUCUGCAACAAUUUCAUAAUUUCAUUUUGUCGAAAACCAAAUCCAUGAAGCAGUUUGAUUAUAAUGUUGGUUUUGAUUAAGAACUUGCAUUGCUAUGUAAUGCCACAUUCAUGGUCACAUACUGUCAAAGGUGUGAAGAUUUUGUAUUAUUUCAAUGUCAAAGUGUCUUUUACGAUAUAUUAUGCUAACAUCUUGCUUCUAGUGAUAAAAUAUCCAUGCUACUGCUAUAUAACCAUAAUUAUGACACUUUUUUUGGUGUUUAAUUUGGGGAAGGGAGCAAAUUAUGUGAAAAUUAUAACUUUAAUACAUUAUAGUUCGAAAACACAUAAAUUAUCGAUGCCAUUUACGCCUAUUACUCAUCUCAGCUAUCUCAUUAGAUGGCCCAUUCUUUCCUAUCUAACAGUAGUAUAGAAGGGUUUAUCUAAUUAUAUAAUAAAUGCAAACUAAUUAGAUAGCACGUGUGAAUCACAGGCGAGUCACGCUGCAGUUAACGUGUUAAACGAAAUUCGAACUCUCAGAAUUCGUACAUGGAAAACAAAGAAAAUCUUUUGCAGAGCGUUCAUUCAUUAGGGUUUUAUGUUUGAAUUUGGACACUGAAAAAUUACAGUUCUUAGAAUUUCAUCUAGAAAAUAUUUGAAAAAUGCAAAAGUAGAACCCUAAAAAAAUCCCGUAACACAUUAACUGAAAUAUGUAUCUUAUUCACAUGCAAUUAAUACACUAGAAAUGUCGACAUUUCAAUAUACAAUGAAUAUGCUUAAUUUUGUAUUGAUCGUAGAACAGAAGUGUGGUUUCUUUCUAUAGGAAACAUUACUUUUGUUAUUUACAUACAUUUAAGUAUCACAUUAGGUUUUAUUUUGAACAAAAGAUGCUGCACUUUAAGAUUUACAGGCCUAAAACUGUCUAAAAGAAGGAUCUUAGUAGUGAAAAUUAUCAUUUCUUUAUUUAUUUCAGUUUUGCAAAACAUUGAUGACGAUUCAAAUCCCAAUUCAAUAUUUCAUGCAAAUUUAUAACUAUAGUUCAUAAGCAAUAAUUUUCACGGUAAAGUAUAAAGCUGGGUGCAGGACCGGAUUACAUCUUUUAGGGGCAUUUAAACCAUGCAAAUCAUGGGGUGGGGGGCUCUUUCCCCCUUCUUAAUUUCCCAAUUUAAAUAUUUUUUAUAAUUUCUUAUUUAAUCCCCAUAUAAAUUAUAUUAAGUAGCAAAUUUUAACUUACGAAAACAACAGAGAAUUUUAAUUCAACCAUUUAUAAAAAUUUGCCUACAGUAUUUUGCGAAAAAAAAUAUUUAAUUUAAAGGUAAAUUUAUAUAAAUUGUAAGCAAAAAUAUGUUAACAUUUUGAUACAAUUUAAAUUAUAUUUAAUUAUAUUA